UUCAAGUCAGGCGCAGAAAAAAAGUACAGAGACCAAGGCCCAUGAAGACAAGGAUUUUUAGAGACAUUUUCUCAGCGUAGAAAGUGUCCGCCAUGUUGCGAGUGUGUGACAAACUCCGCGAGGUGGACGAGAAGGGCAGGAGGUACGGACUAGCCCGUGCGGAGACAGGCUACCUCCGUGCCCUGGUGGACGCCAUGGCCGACACGGACAGGCUGGCGGAAGUGGAGCUGCUCAAAACUCUGUGCGACGUGAACGUGGAGAAGGGAAGACUCGGGAAGGACGUGGGGAAGUUCAACACGGCCUUGGCGCUUUAUCUGGCUGCUAUGGUACGGUGUUACCAUGAAGAACAGGCAGAUGGUAUAGAACACCGCUACCACUACACGGAGAGGCUUUUACAAGGGGUGUCGUCAAAGGGUAAGAAACAGCCAACUGAAGACAAGGGGACAACUACACCUGCUAAGGUAGCGGAAAAGUUUCAAGCCCUGGACAAGAGACGCGCUACCAGAGGUAACACAGACUCAUUGCUGAUUGGAUACGCACAGGUGAUGGUAGAGGCGAUAGUAAACGAUAACAGUAUGUUAGAAACAGAAGCGAUCAAGAGUCUGGGUGACGUGUACCUGAAAAGAGGAACAGAAACUGGAGACACUAGAAACUUGACCAGAGCUACUGCUCUGUACAACAGGGCACUGGCGCGGUGUCACAACGUUCAUGGAACAGUUGUCAUUGUUCACCGCUUACUGCACACAGCAAAAAUCAGGCAAGACAUCACAAGAACAAGAAACAAGAGGCCAACACGUUUGCAACAACAACAAGACGUGAGAAGACGUAUGGGCCACUUCUCUCCCUUCUCAGCUGCGCCCUCUAGCGACAGAACCACCAGUCAAAUUGACGACGACAUAGUACAUGACAUUGUACAGCCAGGGAGCGGAGACGAAAGUUCGCAGUGCCUUGUGCGAGUAUUGAGAGGUGGCAGAGGUACAGGUCAAGCUGGGAGCGAUUGUCUGUUGCAUUGACUUGACUUGACCGGAAACGACAUCUCAAGUUCCACCUCUGAAAGGCCGGGGCGGAGGUUCGCACGCGAUCUGUAGGACGUUCGCGGCGCUUCGUGACGAUCGUUGCAGUGCAGGGCCG